AUGGAGGCUCUGACCGCGUUUCUCGUCCUCCUCUCUGUGGACCUGCUCUCCGCCGCAACGCUGGGCGUGGUGCAGACUGAAGGGGGCGCUGUGGAGGGCACCAGGCGCAGCACUGGACUCUUCAGCAGCGUCGACGUUUUUAAAGGAAUCCCCUUCGCCGACGUCCCCAAAAGAUGGGAAAAACCCCAACCACACCCAGGAUGGGACGGUGUGUUGAAGGCCGUGGAGUACAGGGAUCGUUGUCUUCAGGUGAAUCUGCUCCAGACCAAGACCCAGGGCUCCGAGGACUGUCUCUACCUCAACAUCUUUGUACCACAAGGAGUCACGGUCUCUCAGAACCUGCCCGUCAUGGUGUACCUGUUCGGUGGAGCGUUUCUUCUCGGCGCCUCAAACGACGUGGAGGUUCUGGGUCAGUCUCUGUACGACGGCGUGGAGCUCGCCGACAGAGGCACCGUCAUCGUCGUCACCGUCAACUACAGAGUCGGGACCAUGGGCUUCCUCAGCAGCGGAGACAGUCGCAUGCCCGGGAACUACGGCCUGUGGGACCAGCACGCCGCCAUCUCCUGGGUCAAAAGAAACAUCCAGAAGUUCGGAGGAAACCCUGACAACAUGACCAUAUUUGGGCAGUCGGCCGGAGCUGCCAGUGUCAGCUACCAGAUGUUGUCUCCGUACAGCAGGGGUCUCUUUCGCAGAGCGAUCUCUCAGUGUGGUGUGGCCCUGAGCCCCUGGGCCCAUCAGAGGGAGCCCUUCAAACUCCUCAAGAAGAUUGCCAGUAAAGUGGGCUGCUGGAGGACAGACUCAGACCAGAUGAUCACGUGUCUGAAGAUGUCGGACCCCGUGGGACUCACCAUGGCCGGAAAGAUCGACGUUGUGCCUGCUGUUGUAGGUGUGGUGAUGGACCUCCUGGAGCUGGCCCCGGUGGUGGAUGGGGACUUCAUUCCGGCCGAGCCCAGCACCCUGUUCGCCAACGCAGGACAGUUCGACUACAUGGCCGGGGUCAACAGCAUGGACGGGCACCUCUUUGCCGGGGUGGACGUGCCCUCCAUCAACAAACGCAAUGACAAUACUACAGAGGAUGAUGUGCGUGGGGUUCUAUCCGGUCUGACCAAACAGAGGUCGGGCCCCGUCCUGGACCAGGUUGUGGAGCUGUAUUCGUCCAUAUGGGGCGUUCCUCCAGAGCCGGAGCUGGUGAAGAGGACCGUGUCGGACAUCGAGACCGACUUCCUGUUCCUGGUGCCCACGCAGAUCGCUCUCAAGCUGCACGCCAAGCACAGCAGCGGAGCGCGGACCUACUCGUACCUGUUCAACAUGAAGACGCGUAUCCCAGGAUUCCCGGCGUGGGUGGAGGCGGAGCACGCCGAGGACCUGCAGUAUCUGUUCGGAAAACCCUUCUCCUUCUCUCUGGUCUACUUCCCCCGACACAGAGACCUCUCCGACUACAUGAUCAAAUACUGGAGCAACUUCGCACGCACCGGUGAUCCAAACCAAGGGGAGAGCAGAGUUCCAGUCCCUUGGCCCAAAUUCACCACCUCCUACCAGCCGUACCUCAGAAUCAACGACAAGAUGUCCGGGAACUCUGUCGGCUACGACCUCAGAGCCGAGUACGUCUCCUUCUGGACCUCCACCUACAGCAACCAGACCAUCGCAGAACUAAACCAGGACUAAACCAGGACUAAACCAAGACUGAACCAAGACUGAAC